UAAAGUUCAGCCGGAGUUCCCACUGGUUUUCCAGCCUCUGCAGCUGCUGGAGAACUACAAAGCCCAGCAGCCAGCCUCGGCAGCAGAUGCGGGUGAGGAGGGGCAGGAGGAGGAGGCGGAGGCUGCAGGAGGCUGCUCUCCCCCGCACUCCGCUGUCACCUCCGCGCCGUCCACAUCUCCGGCUCUCUCCUCUACGCGCCAUGUGAAUGGACUGCGGCGUUUUGUGGGCAGGAUGCUGGCAGGGACGCGGGCUCCUCUCCGGGCAGGACUGCAGGGCGCCCACUUCUCCUGCUUCAUGGUAGGGCAGGGAGGAUACGGUUGUCAGGUAAGCUGGGCACCCGCUGCCAGCCUGUGAGCCCCGGGCACGGGACAGUUCUGGAGAACUUCUUGUCUGCAGGAUUACCGCGACCUUCUCGCUUUGUGUGAACCCCGGGCUAGACCUCCACUAGAAGAAGAGGCGAUUUCUCCGGGACUUCACACUAGUUGUGCCCAUCAUGUGGGCUGAGGCUUCCCCCCUGGCACUGCUGACAGGCGCCUCCUUCCUGCUGGCCGUGCUGGCAGCUGCCCGGGGGAGCGGGGAGUACUGCCACGGCUGGACGGACACGCAGGACGUGUGGCGGGACGGCUUCCAGUGCCCGGAGAGGUUCGACGGCGACGACUCCACCAUCUGCUGCGGGACCUGCGUACUGCGCUACUGCUGCAGCAGCGCCGAGGCCAGGCUGGACCAGGGCUUGUGUAAUAACGACCGGCAGCAGGGGGCGCCAGAGCACGGCAGAACCGACAAGGACAGCCCGGACUCGGCAGCAGUUCCCAUCUAUGUGCCAUUCCUGAUUGUUGGAUCAGUGUUUGUUGCGUUUAUCAUCUUGGGGUCCUUGGUUGCCAUUUGCUGCUGUCGCUGCCUGAGACCGAAGCAGGAACCCCAGCAGAGCAGAGCUCCGGGAAGCAAUCGCCUUAUGGAAACUAUCCCUAUGAUAUCCAGCGCCAGCACCUCACGUGGCUCUUCCUCUCGGCAGUCCAGCACAGCCACCAGCUCCAGCUCAAGUGCCAACUCAGGGGCAAGGGCUCAACCAACGAGAUCACAAACCAACUGCUGUCUGCCCGAAGGUGCCAUGAAUAACGUGUACGUAAACAUGCCCACCAAUUACUCAGUGUUAAACUGUCAGCAGGCGACCCAAAUGGUCCCGCACCAAGGACAAUAUCUUCACCCUCAGUUUAUGGGAUAUGCCGUACCUCAUCAUGACUCUGUCCCCAUGACCCCAGUGCCAACUUUUUUAGAUGGACACCAAGUUGGAUACAGACAAAUGCAAUCGCCGUACCCUCACAGUAACCCUGAACAGAUGUUGUACCCGGCAGUUACUGUUUAAGGCGAGCCAUAGGCGGCAGAAUCUGCGCGGAAAUGGACUCUAUGGGACACAUGGCAUUUUACAGGGAAACUUUAUUGUAAAAUGCAUGAUGGUGACAAAAGUUCUUUUUUUUUUUUUUAACAAUUGUGCAUAUGCUUUUUAUUUUAUUGUUGAGGGGAAGGGGAUACGUAUUACUUUAAAUUGCCUGAGCCAAUAACCUGCUCUCUGCAGAACUAUGCUGCGCCAUUUCAGCAGGGAGCAGGUUUUGUAUAUUCUGGUAUAGCAGGUAUAGGGAUAAUUUUUUUUUCCAUUCAUUUGAAGUGUAUAAAAUAAGGUGAAAAUAACAUUUUUUAUAUUUAAUACAAAAAAAGACAAUCAUUCAGACAAUCAAAACAUGAAGACAGUGUAAUUACUCAUGUCAGGCCUGAAUAAAAGUGGUAUAAAUGUAAUGAUUCUUAUCAUUAAGGGUUAAAAAAGAAAAUGAAUCGGAAACAAGCCAUGACAGAAGUUUCAGUAGACAGAUGCGUUAUUUGGUUCAAGGCCGGAGCUACUUGACGACUCGCCUCAAUAAUCUUCAAGAGACCAAAAAUUGCUGUGUAGUAAUGUAGCCUCACAAGUGAAUGGAGGGGGGAGGGGGGGGGGGGCAACGCAACUUACCGAUUGCUGCAACUGUGACCCCAGAAUCCCAAACUGCUGGAUUUUCUAUAAUUCUAAGAUCAUGUUCAUGGCAGUUUGCAAGUCAUACAGUGAUCCCAUUCAUUUAUGAGGCUACACAAGGCCAAAGUUGUGUAGCCUCAGCCAAAAGAGAAUCUCCAACAUUGUGAUACUUCCACGGGUGUAGCUAUAGGGUGGUGCAGAGGUAGCAGUCACACCCGGGUCCUGGUGCCCAAGGCCCCUUUACCACAUAAGAAGGCACCACUAUUAUAAAGGGCACAUGGUAGGUUGGGGACCAAGUCUUGGAUUUUGCAUUGGGACCCAAGAAAUUCUGUUUAUUCUUCUGAACACCUCAUUAUUGAUGGAGUAUGUCCAACCAUAAUGCAAAAUCUCCUUGUUCCACCACAGAAUUAGGGUUCAGACCUCCAUCAAAUGUCCAACAUGCUGUAUGAAGUUUCCUUUACCUGGGGGCAAUAUUCAGUUAGCUGUCCUUGCUCAGUAUCUCUAUACCUUGGCCAUGGUAGAGUGUCUUUAUUUCUCCACCCUUCCCGGCUUUUCGCACCAGGGGCACUUACACCACAUGUCCCCCUACUCUAGCUAUGCCAUUGCAUUAUUGAAAUAGACAUGGAGGUCUGGAUCUCUAGACCCUGGAUUUUGCCCAUGGAGGGAAGGUGGGGUUUAGGGUUGAGUAUAUCCCAGAGGCACAGCAGAGCAUACUCAAUUUCUGAGUAAAAAAUUACCCACUAUGACAGUUUCUCUAUUACGUGCACCAGUUACCUACAGUAGAAGAGGCCAUCUUGUUAUAUGCUAAUAUUAUUAAGAAUUUCACAUAGCAUCCAGAGAUGUCAUUUUUUUCACAAUUACCCAGAAGGGAUUUUCCUCCACAUAAUUGUAUGUUAGGAUUCCAUAAUUUUGUGCUGGAUCUGCCCAGGAAUUAACGAUAUAACCGAAUCAAAUUAAAAACAAACCAGGAACUAUAAGAGCUCUGCAUAGAUUGAAUUCAUGGCCUUAUUAACAUAUAUAGGUUGCUUUGUGAUAUGUGGUUUAUAUCAUCAUCCAGGAUUGGUACAGACUUAAAGGCUAUGUACAUCUUUGGGGACAAUUUGUUUUAUUGUUGCGUUCUAGUCAUUUGGGGCUAAAAAUCAUUUUUUCAAUUGGUCUUUAUUAAAAAUAUUAAGCUCUGUCACAAAGAGUUAAAAUAGCUGUGUGGCUGGCACUUUCACUUUGUGCCGGUCAUCUAAUAACCAUUAUCUUAAAAUUACUAAGAGAUCAUAAACACUUAUUUAAGCCACAUUCUUAUCAGUAGCAUAAGGAUUGAGCUUUGAUGAGUGUUUAUAAUGUCAGAGAUAAGGAGCCCGUAAGCUCCCUCCUUGACGGAGCAUAAAGAAAAUUCAGAUCCUGCUAGUAGAGCAUCUCAGCUCUGUACAGAGAAAAGGACUCCAUAUUUUUAAUAAAGACCAAUUGAAAAAAUGAUUUUUAGAUCAUAAUAAGUACAAUGCACUAAUAAAAUUACCCCUAAAGGUGUACAUAGACUUUAAAUCUGCUGAUCUUAUAGGGCCCGUGCCCAUGUGCGUAUGCAAACUCUGCACAAGGGUCAGGCAUUUAGUGCCAAGGGUGGGAUUGGAUUGAAAGCUUUGGAAACAGCUUUCCUCCUCUCAUCCUGUCCUUGGCCCUAAAUAUAUGGAUGUUGCAUGGAAUCGUAAUAAGGUCGUUAGUGCUAAUGUGGAUUUGUACUUUACACAGAAAUGUUUUCCUUCAGCAGCUGUAAGAGCCAAAUUCUUCUGGCGACUUCUUCCUCUUCUCUGAUCCACCCUGAUGAAGGACAUGUUGUAUCCAAAACAUUGCUAAUCCUGAAUUCAAUAUGUAUGCAUUACUACACAUUGGAUUGCGGUCUAUCUCUUUUUAGACUUUUUGGCUGUUUGUCUUCAUCAUUUCAGGAGGAAUAUGCCAGUGAAAAUUUAGUACAAGAUAUAGUCCUUCUGUAGCUGUCAGCCCAGGCAGAUAAAACUCCUUAUAUAGAUAGAGAACGCGUCAUCGGUUUACUGCUGCUGUAAGUCAAGUGAGGCUAUUUACUGUGCUUAAAGUCCACAAAAGGGAGGAAGUAAAAGAGCCAGGGCAGGAAGUAGAAUACACGGAGCAACUUCAAAAAUGAUAUCCAGAAAAACUAUCCACCAUUUUUUUUGUAAAAAAAAUUAAUAAAUUUUAAAUACAUAGAAUAUUCACACAUAGGUUUCUAAUAUAUGAUGAAAAAAUUUACGGAAGUGCAUGUUUUAAAACACUAAAAACCAUAAAUGAAAAUAGCUGCAGAUAAUAACAUUGAUGUUGCCCCCAAAUUCCUGCUGUCAUAUUGGUUCUUUUCAUAAAUGAUUCCUGCGCAGAAAUAUUUGUAUUGGUCAUACAUUUCACAAACACCCACUGAAUUUUACUGUGGUUGGUCACAUUGAGUCCAAUCUUUGGAAGAACCACUAGCGGUCCAGAGUAGACAAAGUACUGUAAACUUCGUGGGGAGAAUUUAUCAUGAGGGAAAUUUUGGGCAUUAUUUGGGUCAAAUUUAUCAAUUGUCACAUGAUAUUUGAUAAAUGUGCUGCAUCUUUAUGUCUACCACUUCUGUCUUGAGAUGUUUACGAUGCCUUGUUACUAAGAUUGUGACAAUUUUUGCAACUUUUUGAAAAUCUGGAGUGAAACUAAUCAGCUAGCUAACCAUGCCAACUUUCCCACGCACUUUUCAAAACUGGAGUGACAGGUGUAAAUUGCAAAAUGUAAACGGUUUUGCACAAAUAAGUCAAAAAAGUCUCAAUGCCCUCUUUUGAGACUUUUUUGAAGCCAGACUUCUGGAGUGCAGUUCGUGAUAUCUUCUCCCCCAAGAGCACAUUAGACCACUACUGGAGCCAGUGUGAUUUUUCUAGUAAGCAGGCAAAAAUAAAUUCCAUGGACAUCAACUGAAAACCCCAAAAACUUUGAAGCCAGCAGCAACUUUCUAAGUACAUUGGCAAUUUGGUGCCUGUAAUUUUCCAGCACUGUAGAGGUUGGGAAACUAUUAGAAUAAUAGAGGCUGUUUGGUGUACAAGAGUUCAGUUAUAGGGAGUCAUCUCUCCUAAUUUUAGAAGUAUCUCAAUAGAUUACAUUGGAACCCCCCUCACUUUUUCCUUCGUCAAUGAAAACUAUGCAGGUGUCUCAGAACCACUCUACUUGUAAUGUGCAGCUUGUAGUCCACCAACAGGACAUGACUUUGCAUUUCUUCUACCUGCUUACCCACAAUAUGUACCAAUCAGGGGGCCUUAUAAUGCAAAAGCUCAUCCCUGAACACUUCCCAUUUUGGCUAUGCUGAAUAAAGAGGAAUGGCAGAAGUGGCAAGAUAUUCCAUUGUCCCUUGAUUUGUGAGAUUGUGGGGACAUAUCCCCAUUUUCACCCCUCCGGCCACCCUUACAUGAACAUCUUAGCUCUCCUUUGCCCUGCUCUGGAUCUGGCUUUUUUGUUUAUAUUAUUACACUGCUGGCAGAGGCUUCCGCCCAGCAGUGUUCCCAGUGACGUCACCAGCUCUGAUGGGCGGGCUUUAGCACUGCCCUAGCCAUUUUACAGGCUAGGGCAGCACUGAAGCCCGCCCAUUAGUGCCGGUGACGUCACCGGGCCUCCUCCUAGCAGUCCUUAUGAGGAGCUCGGUACGUCACCGGAUCUCCAAAAAAUGCCUUUGCCCUGCGCAAAGGAGAUCAGUUCAUGCUGCCUGGGUGAAAAUAGGGAUAUUUAAGUGGGUACAAUAAUAAGAUGUUAUUAUUAGGGCAUCUGUGUUAAGUUUCCUGUCCCUUUAAAGCAAUAUAAGGCGUGUAUUUCCCUGCAGUGAUUUUUUUGGGGUACAUACUAUAAAUGUGCCAAAUUGCUCAUAAACAUCUUAACCAUGCUAGGGCAUCACCAGCAUUUCCUAUUCAAUUCAAAUAGAAUAAAAAAAAUACUUUUAGUAGCCCAUUUUAUAGACCUCCUAGAAAAAAAGCAACCAUUGCACAAACCUCGGUCAGGGGUCAAUCAUUUGUAUAUUAUAGACUGUAAAAAAUAAAAUUAAGUUAAAUUUCUAAAAGGCUAAAAAAAUAUUUUCCAUUUGUUGGGGUUGAAAGAGAUGAAAUACAAAUUGCGAUAUGUGGUGUUUUGCACAAUUUCUAUGUGUAACGUGUAACAGUGUAAAAGAAAUAUUCAUGUUUGCCAUCAUUUUUUUGGAAAAGGGCACUUAGAGUGUUUCUUAAAGUGAAGUCAAUAAAUGUUUUAUGGUGUGAUAUGUGAA